GGACAUUUUAUGUAAAGUAUUUUUUGUGUUGUGAAACAUCACUUCUCAAAAUUCUUUGGAGUCAACCUUGGCGCUCAUACGAUAUCACCCAAGCGUCCGCAACUUCCGCUACAAAGCUGAUUCAAACUUAUGUUAACUGUCUUUCGGAUAAAGUUGUUUUGCUUAAAAAUGGUAUCAACUAUCAAGUUUCUUCUACUCCCCAAGCUUAUGACUAUGCUUCAUUCUUACGUGCUCUUGAUUACGAUGGAAUGUAUUGGUCCAUUUCCCAAUGGUUAGAUUCUUGUUGGCUCUAUCGUAUGUUGAAUUAUGAGGAAGAAUUAAAGUCUGAUACUGAAAGUAGAUUAUCAUUAGAUGAUAUCGAUAUUGAGAAUUAUUGUGAAUGUUUUGAUGAGGCCGAGGAGAAAGAGAGAAAAACCAAUCUCAUAGCUAAAGAACUUUGCAAUCUAUUCAUGAGUCGAUGUACAACAUUUCAUAGUCUCCGUUUAGAAACGAAGGCUAUUCAAAGCAAUUUUCCAUUCUUACCUUCGUGCAACGAUCCUUGUAAUUACUUGUCUAAUCUUCGUCAGCUUAUCUGUCUUGCGGAAUAUAAAUCAGACCUUCUUAUUGCAAUAUCACGAGUAUGUAAAGAUUUACAUAGGAUUUGUGCAGGAUUUCCACUUUCUGUUCUAUGGAAAUCCCAUUAUGAAACAGAUGCUCAAAACUUGGUAACUCUUGCCGAAGCUCAAAGUUUGGUAACUCUUGUCGAGGCUCAAAAUCGUUUACAAAGUGUUUGUCUUUUUGGAUACAAACGAUUCGUUUCAGUUAUAGUAGAUGCACUCAAGCGACAUGCUGACUCUCUGACUUCUUUAGAAUUAAUGUAUACGGAUUUUCGAGAUAAUGACGAUUUUUCAAGCUUAACGACAUUGUCUUUAUGCAAAAAUUUGAAAUCAUUAAAAAUUCAUAAUUGUUUUAUCCUGCCUAAUGAUGAAUUAAUGCCAUUAGCUUCAUUUUCCAAAUUGGAAGAGUUUGAUUUUUGUAAUGAAUGGAAUCCACUUUAUCCACUUCCUCAACGCGAAUUUUGGGAAGUGAUGUUUCACAACACAAAAAAUACUUUACAUAAAAUGUCCCUUUGGUGGUUACGAACAGACCCAAAAGAUGGCUAUCAGAUAAUUGAACCAAUAGCAAAGCAAUGUUCAAAUAUAAACAUCCUUCAUUUGCCCGUUUUGUGGAUAAACGAAAUUUUAAUUAUAUUAAAUUACUGCACACAACUUAAAGUGUUUUCAUUUAGUGGUGACGAUUUUGACGCGAACGAAUCAUUAACACAAAUGGGCAAACUAAUUCCUGUAACUCUACGGUCUUUGACCAUAAAAGAUGGGCAUAUGGGAGGCUGGACAUUCACUGAAAAAUCUCUAGAGUGCUUUCUUAAAAAUUGUAAUGCCUCAUUGGAGAUGGUCGAUUUAACAUUUUGUAGUUGUGCAACUGAUAGACAUUAUGGAAUAUUAAGUCAACAUGGUAUAAUUACAGGUUUAGUAUAA